UGAACAAGAUGACUCCUGACACGAAUGGCAGUGACAUGCAUCUGGAGAACACAAGUGAGACAUUGGACAAGUCUCUGGAGAAAUAUUUGGGACCCCGUCGCUCACCCAUGUUGCUUCCCAUCUGCAUCAUUUAUCUGAUCAUAUUUUUAGUGGGUGUGUUUGGCAAUGUGCUGACUUGCACUGUCAUCUCACGCAACAAAGUGAUGUGGACACCAACCAACUACUACCUGUUCAGCUUGGCCGUGUCAGACCUGCUGGUGCUACUGCUGGGCAUGCCACUGGAGCUGUACGAGCUGUGGCAGAACUACCCAUUCCUGUUUGGGAAGGGAGGUUGCUACUUUAAGAUUUUCCUAUUUGAGACCGUCUGCUUGGCAUCCAUCCUCAAUGUGACAGCACUGAGCGUGGAGCGCUACAUCGCCGUGGUGCACCCGCUACGUGCAAAAUACAUGGUGACGCGCACCCACGCCAAGCGGGUCAUCCUCACGGUUUGGGGUGUGUCAGUGUUGUGUGCUCUUCCCAACACAAGUCUGCAUGGGAUUUCCUACCUGAUCAGUAAUUCCUCCAGUCCAGACGGGCCACAGAAGGUGGAGAUCCCUGACUCGGCCAUAUGUACAGUGGUGAAGCCUCAGUGGACAUAUAACCUGAUCAUCCAAGUCACCACCUUACUAUUUUUCUUCCUACCCAUGCUUACCAUUAGUGUUCUGUACACGCUCAUUGGGCUGCAGCUCAAACAGGAGAGGAUGCACCAAGCGCUGGAAGCAAAGUCAAGCACCGUUCAGGACAGUUUCUGUAGCGCCCGCACUCAACAACAAAAAGCCAGACGACGGCAGGUCACCAAAAUGUUGUUUGUUUUAGUGGUGGUUUUUGGGAUCUGCUGGGCCCCAUUCCACACAGACCGCCUUGUGUGGAGUUUCAUCACUGAGUGGACUGACAGCUGUCGGCAAAUCUUCGAGUAUGUGCACAUUAUCUCUGGAGUGUUAUUCUACCUCAGCUCAGCAGUCAACCCAAUUCUCUACAACCUCAUGUCCACGCGUUUUCGAGAAAUGUUCAAGGAUGUGAUGUGCCAUCGGCCACACAAUGCCAUCCCGAGAAAAUAUUCUUUAAGUGUUACUCGAGUGACACUCCGCAGUACCUUAAAUGAAGCGCCGCUCAGUAUGGGAGCCAAUGUUGUGGAAGGCGAGGUAGAGGAUGGAGAGCGGGUGGCGAAAGAGGAGUCCACUCUCACAUGUUAAGUAUUGUGAUUUUGAAAAACAUUAUCUUUUUUCUGUCCUUCACAAUGAACACUGACUCAGCUUAAUAUCUUAAAUGACCACAUCUAUAGCAUGAAUUGUUCAAAAGCCAAAUUAUGAGGACAGAUUUAAAGGACGAUUGAAUUUUAUUAUCCGUGACUGUGCUUGUCCGAUUCUUGUAGUUAUUGUUUUGGAUAGUCUGUCUUCAAUAGCAUUUGUAUUUGUCCACAAUUUAUCUGUCAUAGACAUCCACAGAUACAGUAUACGCCUAUUCCAGACAUCUGUGUCUUUACAGUAAAAACAACCAACUGUGAAUGUCAUUUUUCUUUUUUUUUCACGGGCAAAAAAACAAACAAAAACAGUUUUACAGCAUUGUAUUUCAUAAAAACACAAAAUAAUGUCAUUAAACAGCACCAGACACACAGACCUGUUUUCACGGCCAUUCCUGUAUGUUGUAAAGAGAACCAGCAACAUACUCCAACAAAGGUCAAUGUCAUCAAAGCAUGGCAUGGACAUUUUACAUUGAAAUCAGCAUAAUUGAUAGUUUCAUGACAAAUUAAGACACCGACUUUUGACCUGGACACAUCAAUCAGACUCGGUCAUCUUCUAAAAACA